CUGAGGUGCUAGAUAAUUCUAUUACGGAGUAAUAGUGUAAUACUUGUUGGCCCAAGUAAUUUGUGUUGAUCAUGAAAUCAUCGCUGAAUCUACUCCAACGACUUCCGUCUGCCGGUGAUCGCUCGUCUGCAAUCCUCUCAGGCUUCCAACCAUUAUUUAGCCACCCAUCCUUCACGAAACUUCUCGACGCUUCUCUGCCAUCUCGCGGGUUUGGUCCAUCCGCCAUUCUCUUUACCCAGUUUGGUCAUCUCAUUAAUGUGGAGACUUGCAACUGCAUUAUCAGAAGAUAUACGGAUUCAGGAAAGCACUUGUAUUCGGUUUUUGUUUACACCCAAAUGCACAGACUCGACAUUCGGCCUGAUAACUCGACUUUCCCAAGCGUCCUUAAGUCAGUAGCUCAGUUGUGCUACGUGGGGUUCGGCCAAUCAGUGCAUUGUAGUGUAAUGAAAAUGGGGUUUCGUUCUGAUAUUUAUGCAAACACCUCUCUGGUUUACAUGCACUGUGGGUUCGGACAGUGCAAGGAAGCUCGUAGGAUAUUCGAUGAAAUGCCUGAAAGAAAUACGGUUUCAUGGAAUUCGUUAAUCUCUGGUUAUGCACAUAUGGGGAAGUUCAGGGAGGCAAUUGAUGUGUUUCAAGAAUUGCUGGGGAGUGAUGUUCGCCCUGGUGAGGUGACUAUGUCCAGUGUUUUGUCUGCUUGUGCUCAUUUGGGAGCUUUGGAUCAAGGGAUGUUCAUUCAUGAUUACAUAAAAAACAAUGGUUUGAUGCUGAAUGUUUAUGUUGGCACUGCACUUAUUGACAUGUACGCUAAAUGUGGUGAUAUUGAUGCGGCUGAGAAGGUUUUUCUGUCCAUGCCGGACAAAAAUGUGCAUACAUGGAAUGUUAUGAUAUCAGGAUAUGCCAUGAAUGGAAGAGGCGAGGUUGGACUGCAAUCUUUCAAUAGGAUGAUCAUGGAAAAUUUCAAGCCUGAUGGGUUGACUUUCUUGGGAGCUUUGUGUGCUUGUUGUCGCCAAGGAUUCGUUGAGGAAGGUAGGACACUUUUUGCAAGAAUGAGGAAUGAGUUUGGGUUGGAACCAACUAUUGAACAUUAUGGGUGUAUGGUUGAUCUACUUGGUCGUGGUGGCUUUUUGGAUGAAGCUGUGGAGAUGAUCCAUUUUAUGAGUCUGCAGCCAGACCCUGCUAUAUGGAGGGCUUUGCUCUUUGCUUGCAGAUUUCAUGGACAUGCAGAAAUUGGCGAGUUUGCAAUCCAAAAGCUUCUUGCGCUAGAACCAUGGAAUGCAGAAAAUUAUGUGUUGCUGUCAAAUGCUUAUGUUCAUGAUAAGAAGUGGGCCGAAGUUGGAGAAGUAAGGAAAUUAAUGGAUAGCAAAGGAAUCAGAAAGGUCCCUGGUUGGAGUUCAAUUGAAAUUGAUAGUGCAAUGUAUGUAUUUCAGGCUUCAGAUUCAAUUGGUCCAGGAUAUCAGAAUGUUCGCAAUAUGUUGGCAGACAUGAAAGAAAAGUUGAAAUUACUUGGCUAUGAGGCAGAUACAGGAAUGGUUUUAUAUGAUGUUGAGGAAGAGGAGAAGGAACAUAAUCUGAUACACCAUAGUGAGAAACUCGCAUUAGCAUUUGGGCUUUUGAAUUCAUCGAGUAAUACCUUAAGGAUAAUGAAAAAUUUAAGGAUUUGCCAUGACUGCCAUCACUUCUUUAAGCUUGUCUCAGCAGUUUAUAGAAGGAAUAUUAUCGUCAGAGAUAUAUAUCUCUUUCACCAUUUUAGUGGAGGUAUUUGUUCUUGCAAAGAUUAUUGGUAGCACCCAAUUAUUAUGGUCCCUUUGUAGUCUAUCUGGGAGAAAUUAGCUGUUGUAACAGUGUCUGGGUCUGCAAAGCUCAAGCAAAGAUCUUCUACCUAUGUUAACAGAACUAGCACAUUAGUUUUUCCCUCACUGUUAUGAAGUGGCACUUUGCAUGGUUGAGUAGAUUUUGAAUUUGGAAAUUGCUAGGGAACCAUACCUGGACUUGAGGUUGUUACAAUUGGUCGCGAAGUGACAAGUUUGGCUCUGCUGAGAAUUCCGAAAGAGAUCAUUAACCGGUUGUGCCGAGGUGGAUAUGAACUCAGUCUUUUCCAUCUCAAUUUACAAGGACUGUUCAUAUUAUUGUUGACAAAACUUUUCCUAUGGCUGAUGUGCUCGUUCAAGGAUUAAGUAUAUAAUUUAUGGUAUGCAACUUUGAGUUGGGACUACUCAACCACUCAAAAAAUUUUCCUGACAUUCAUGACUACUUUAGCUCUUUUGUUUAUAUGAGUCUACAAGAACAUUAUUCUUCUGGUGGGUCAACACAUCAUCCCACAACACCAGGUGUUUAUAAUGCGCUGAGCAACUGUUUCCACAUAAAGUGAAGAUACAUUUCC